ACCUGGAAAAGACAAACGGGGUGAGUGAGUGGAACACGUUGUCCUUUACCUUGAAAACGCGGUUGAAGUGAAGUGGAGCUGUGCACAGCAUUAUGGCGAGUGCGCUGUGCAGGAGGGUUAGACAGGUCAGCCAGUCGUCUGUGGUUCACACACUGGUUCAGAGGAUCGUGGCUGUCAGAGGGUUUUCAGCCGCAGGUUCGUCUGGAUCAGAUGAGCCCUAUAUAUCUGUACCAUCUCAAAACUCAGGUCCUACAACAAUAUGGCCAGAUGAGAUGAUGGGUCCGUUCGGGCCUCAAGAUCAAAGGUUCCAGUUGCCAGGCAACGUGGGUUUCGACUGUCACCUCAAAGGUACAGAGUUACAGAUGAAAGUCCCGGUCCACCGGACAGUCCCGGAUGUUUUAACCACCCCGUCUAGCGCAGAGAGGCACGAGUUCAUACUCGCACAGUUCGUCAAUGAAUAUCAGGGUAAAGAAGUUUCUCUAAUGGCGCAGAGAGUCAGUAAAGCUGAACACUAUUUCAGUCAGUCAAAUGUGGAGUGUUCCAUGCAUUCCUGUCCAGAGCUGCUGAAGAAGGAGUUAGAGCUAUUUUUCCCAGUGAUGCCUAUGAGUCCCAUCACUGUCGUCACAGUAACACAAAAGAACCAGAAGUUGGGAACAGAGGAACUGAACAGAGAUCAGGAUGAACUACUGGAUCAUUUUGUCAGCGGUGCUAAAGAAAUCUGCUUCACGCUGUGGAGAGGAGGAUACUGGGCCGAUUUCAUCAAUCCAUUGUCAGGGAAAGCUUUUUUUGGCGAUCAGACGGCGGACUCGGUUCUCCAGCAGGAUGUUCAGCGUCACGCUGGCUUUCACAUCGAGGACCUGGCGUCUUGUACGGUCAUACGUCACGUAUCAAAGGAGACGCCCACUUUUGUGUUGACACUAAUCACUAACGCGCCUUCCAACAGUCUGAUCAUGGAGAAACUUCUUCAAGGACACUCCAGCUCUUCAGAGGAAGCGGACUGAUGGACGUUUUCUGCACAGUAUUUCUACCCAAAAAAUAGUAGUUUCUUAAAAUGAAAGAGAUUUUGAAUACGAGAUGUUACAAAAACCGUGCUGUUGUGAGCCGAUUCAGAAAACACAGCAAAACUGCUAAUUUAUUUAUAAAAUAUGAACAAAAAGUAUUUUCUAAUACACAGCAACACACUUAAAUUCAGUUCUGAAACCACAUGGUGCUUUACAACACAUCAGCCUUUAGUCACGCCGCUGACUUGAGAGUGCGUACGGUCGGUAAAACAUCAUCUAGAGUCAAGACGUCUGAAACAGAGAGGAAACUGGAACUCAACUAGUGCCACAACACAAUGUUAAUGUCUGUCUGACGAUGUUUUUUAGGAGAACCUGAGAUCUGCGUUUUUAAUGGUUGAAGUUCAGAUACACUAGAAUACAGAUGUACUGUAUGUACUUUUCAUUUGAGUUUGACUGACUCUUGUUGAACAUGAAUAAAGUUUGGUCUCACCAAGA